AUGUAUUGCUACCCCAGCAUUUAUUCAAAUGUGGCUUCUAUUGAAGGAUUUAUGGAAAGUAAAUGGCAGCUGGAGUUUCCUUCUGCUCGUUGUCCUCCUCAUGGUCGGACCAGCUGGAUUCAGCAGAUGGCAAGUCUUCAAGCCGGAGGCCCGCCACCACCACCACGACCACCAGAUGAUGGUCUUCCUCCACUACCAGUUCCUCCGCCACCUCCAGUAGCUGGAGGUCCUCCACUAGUUGCUGAUGGUCUUCCACCAGAGGCUGGAGGUCCUCCACCUCUGGCUGGAGGACUGCCACCAGUAGCUGAAGGUUCUCCACUGAUGGCUGGAGGUCCACCACCAGUGGAUGGAGGUCCUCUGCCACUUUGCCCUGCUGCUCCAGCACUCCAUUUAGCUGGAGCUGGAGGUCCUCUUGAUAUUGCUGCUCUGCAAAGGCAGAGGCAGCUAUCAUAUGGCAGUUACGCCAAAUCAAUCGAGAAAUUGUAA